AUGGACCUUCCACCUCCACCACACGAUGAAGAGUCAGAGAUCAGCGAAUCAGAGAUCGAUGACUAUUCUCAAAAGCCCUACCUGAAACUACAAACAGGACAGUACAAGGUCAAAGUGAAUGGAACGCUGAGAUGCCCCUUUUGUUCAAACAAGAAGAAGCAAGACUACAAAUACAAGGAGUUGAUUGCACACGCUUCCGGAGUUUCCAUAGGAUCUGUCACCAGAAGUGCUAAACAGAAGGCUAAUCAUCUCGCCUUGGCUAAGUACUUAGAGAACGAACUUGCUUGUGAUGCAGAAGGUCUCCCACGCCCUUAUCUUCCUCAGUUAAAUGAUACAGAACCGAAACCUGGUGAGGUUUAUGUCUGGCCAUGGAUGGGGAUUGUGGUUAACUCUGUGAAAGAAACUGAUGAUAAAGAAGUUCUACUUGAUUCUGCUUAUUGGUUGAAGCGUCUUUCUAGUGACUGGAGUGGGUUUGCGUGUGCAACAGAGCUUGAGAAGGAGUUUGAGUGUAGAGGUUGCAGCAAAAGGGAGUGGGAAGCGAACAUAGGAGAAUCAGAGUCCAAGGCUUAUGGUUGGUGUGCACGUGCUGAAGAUUAUAACUCUGAAGGGCUGAUAGGUGAGUACCUUUCCAAGGAGGGAAAGCUAAGAACAGUUUCAGAUAUUUCUCAAGAAAAGGCGCAGGAUAGGAACAGUGUUCUUGAAGAACUUUCGGAUAUGAUUGCUAUGACAAAUGAAGAUCUGAACAUGGUUCAGUACAGUUACAACGAGACGGCUAUGUCACUGCAGAUGGUUUUAGACCAGAAGAAAGACUUGGACAAAGCUUAUGCUGAAGAAACAAAGAAGAUGCAACAGAUGUCGGUUCGCAGUAUUCAGAAGAUCUUAGAAGAUAAAGAGAGGCUAAGCAAUGAACUGGAAGCUAAGAUGCUGAGACUGCAGAGUUGGUCCAAAGAGUUGGAGAAAAAAGAAGCACUAACUGAACUGGAAAGACAAAAGCUUGAUGAAGAGAAGAAAAAGGUAAUAUUAUUAUUUCAUUCUCAGUAUCAUACACAUGUAAAUCAAUGUUUUUCAUUUGUAUUUUUCCUGAGGGAAAAUAAAGAGGCUAUGAGAAAGAUCCUUGAGCUUAAGACACAGCUAGACAACAAACAGACACUGGAAAUGGAGAUUCAGGAGCUGAAAGCCAAAUUAAAAGUGAUGAAGCACUUGGGGGAUGCUGAUGAUGAUGCGGUGAAGCAGGAAAUGAAGGAGAUGAAUGAUAAACUGGAGGACAAGAAGUCUGAGUUAGAAGAGCUUGAGCAGAUGAACUCUGACUUGAUGACAAAAGAACGUCAAAGCAAUUUUGAGAUUCAAGCAGCGCGGAAAACAUUAAUUGCGCGUUUGACAGGAGUGUUGGGUGCCGAAUCUGAUAUUGGGGUAAAGAGGAUGGGAGAACUUGAGAACUUAGAGACCUUCUUGAAUGCUUGCAAGAAGAGAUAUUCUGAAGAUGAAGCUAUGGUUAAAGGUGUCACACUUUGCUCCACAUGGCAAGAGAACAUUAAGGAUUCAACAUGGCAACCGUUCAAACGUGAAGGAAAUGGAGACAAAGCAAUUGAAGUGGUAGACGAAGAGGAUGAGAAGCUGAAGAAGCUUAAAGAAGAGUGGGGAGAAGAGGUGCACAACGCUGUUAAAACAGCUCUCGAGGAAAUGAAUGAGUAUAAUCCAAGUGGUCGAUACAGCAGCCCAGAACUUUGGAAUUUCGAAGCAGGAAGGAAAGCAACAUUAAAAGAAGUGAUUAGUUUCAUUUCCAACGAUAUGAAGCCUGUGAAACGCAAAUGA